AUGACUGAAGAAGAACAACAACAGCAAGUACCACUUUAUACAAUAUCAGCUGAUGUAGUCGAAACAUCUAAAAAAUCUUCAUUAUCGAUUUUUGAAAAUCUAUGCCAUCGACUACGUGAACAUUCAGGAAUUUGGUAUAUGAUAGCAGGCAAUAUGAUAUUUGCUUGUUGUACAUUUGCAUUAAAACUUAUUCCAGCUGAUAUGUUUGAUAUAAUGAUUAGUCGAUUUUUAUUACAAUCAAUUGUAUUUGGUUUAUAUGCUGCUUUUUAUAAACAUUAUAAUAUAUUUAAUACUAAUGGACAACCUAUUGCUUGUACAUUGAAUAUGAUAAUGUCAAGUGGAACAAAUUUAACAUAUUUAGCUGCAUUCUAUUUUCUUCCAUUAUCAGAUGUAAAUGCUAUUAAAUAUACAUAUAUUGUUUGGGCAGCAAUAUUAUCUGUUAUAUUUCUUAAAGAACAUUUUAAAUUUGUAAAUGCUAUUGCAUUAGUAUUAACAAUAAUUGGAUUAAUACUUGCUACAAAACCUCAAAGUUUAGUUAAAAUGUUAAGUCAUUUAUUUCAUCAAUCAAUAUUAUCUACAAAUGCAACAAUUUCUACAAAUAUAACAAUUUCUACAACUACAAUAAUGACUUCUACAGUUACAGGUUCAUUAAAUCAUUAUUUAGGUAUUCUUUUCGCUUUUAUAUCAUCGUUAACAAAAGCUAUACAAAUGGUUGCAAGAAAACAAUUAAUCAAAACAAAACUACCACAUUCUGUUAUGAAUUUUCAAUUUACAGCAUUUGCUUUCGUUGUUGCAGUGAUUUAUAGUAUUAUUCGAAGGUUUUGGCAUCCAGAGCCAUAUCCAUGGAAAUGGAUGUGUACAGCUGGUAUUAUUAUUGCAUGUUUUCAUUUAUUAUCAAAUACUUUUAAUGCUAAAGCAUUAAAAAGAGAAAAUCUUCAAGUAUUGUCUAUACUUAGUACACUUGGUAUAGUUUAUGCUUGUUUAUUACAAUAUAUAUUUUUUCGACUUACAAGACCUUUGAUGUUUUACAUUGGAGCUUCAUUUAUUGUUACAUCAGCGAUUAUACUUUCAAUAGAUACCUAUUUAACGAAUAGGAAACGAAAAGAACGAAUAUUUAAAGAAUAA